AUGAAGUUACUACUGUUCGGUCUUGCCUCAGCGGCGUUCAUCUGCCACACUACAGCCUGGUCAUUCGCCUUCAGCGAUGAUCCUGGAUGUUCUUUUGCACAUGACGGUGCCUCUGGCGAUGGCAGCAAGUCUUGCGAGAACAUCGAAGCUGGCGACGAUACGGAUCAUGCUCAAGUCGACGACCUAAACGGCUGCAUCGUCACUCUCUACGAGCAGAAUGACUGUCCAGCAGAUGGCGACGGCGAUUUGGAUGCCAUUGACGAGGAUGAUUGCAUAGAGCUCAGCUACGUUCCGAGUCCGUACGAUGUAAGCUGCUGA